GACCGAGGAGGAGAUCCGGCAGCAGGCACUGUCCGUCUCUCCUCGUCUCUAGAGCCAUGUCCGGAUACGAUACCAAUCCCUUCGCGGACCCGGUGGACGUGAACCCUUUCCAGGAUCCUUCCGUGACACAAAUUACAACUGGCAACCAUGGCAGUCUGGAAGAGUUUAACCCAUUCACUGAAGGUUCUCAUCUGACAAAUCCCAAUCAGAAAACAAUUCCUGCUCAGUCCCAGCCUGCUGUGCUCCAGCCCUCAGUUGACUCUACACCACAGGCUGCAGCAAUGGCUGCACAAACAGGACUUCUACAACAACAGGAAGAGCUGGAGCGGAAAGCAGCAGAAUUAGACAGGAAAGAGCAAGAGUUGAGGAAUGUAAAUAUUAACUUAAGACAGAACAAUUGGCCUCCACUUCCUCCAAAAUGCCCCAUUAAGCCAUGCUUCUAUCAGGACUUUUCUGGCGAUAUUCCUGCAGAUUAUCAACGUACCUGCAAAAUGCUCUACUAUCUAUGGAUGUUACACACAUUUACCCUUUUCCUGAAUCUACUGGCCUGCCUUUCUUACUUUACUGCUGUCCCCACUGGAGGGGUGGAUUUUGGCCUGUCCAUUCUGUGGUUUGUUAUGUUCACCCCUUGUGCCUUUCUUUGCUGGUAUCGGCCCAUCUACAAAGCAUUCAGGACAGACAGUUCCUUCAGCUUCUUUGUAUUCUUCAUCAUCUUCUUCUGCCAGAUUGUCAUUUACAUUAUCCAAGCAGUUGGAAUACCAGGUUGGGGAGACAGUGGUUGGAUAAUGGCUCUUACAAUGAUUAAAUCAAAUGUUGCUGUCACAGUGAUAAUGAUGGUAGUGGCUUCCUUCUUUACGGUCUGCAGUGUAUUCUCACUAUUCCUGCUCAAGAGGGUUCAUUCCAUGUACCGUAGAACAGGCGCCAGCUUUCAAAGAGCACAAGAGGAAUUCUCACAAGGCAUUCUCGCUAACCGCAAUGUUCAGAAUGCUGCUGCAGGAGCUGCCACUGCUGCUGCUAGAGGAGCUUUCCAAGGAAACUAAUCCCCAGUAUUUUCCUUCUGUAUUGACACAACACAAUUACAUAAGAGGGAUAUAUGAUUUCUGCUUAGAUCAAGCCAUUAUCUGUUUAUCAUUUUACCAAUGGCAGAAUGCAGCACUCCCGAUCUUACCCAUUUCCCAAUGGAAAAAGAGACUAUAAAAUUAUAUAUAUGUACAUAUAUAUAUAGAAAAAUGAUAAAAGUAAUUUCCUUGCUGUUUUCUUUAUCUUUCUGAUGCUUAAUUAACUCUCUUGUUACUUGCAUUCCAUGGAUAAUGUUUUUAAAAAUGCAGGUUAGUGGAAGAUUUGGGGGUUUCCUGUUUUAAAACUUAUCUGGAAACAUUAUGUACAGGAUAUGGGAUAAAUGGUUGUGAAAAAACUUUUCAUACAUUUUGGAUCUAUGCUAACUUUUUGGUUUGCCAUGCUUGUGAAUGGAAUUGUUUAAUUUUGCUGCAAUAACUGUUAGCAGGACAAGUGAGGCCAGCAGACAUUUUCAAUUCCAGUGUUUAUCAAUAGAGGCAAGCUAAUGGCAGACAUCAUCUUUUUAUAAUUCUCAUGUUUUUUUUUUUUAAAGCUGAGCUAGGAGUUUUCAGAAAUGUUUUCUAGUUUGAAUUCAAAAGAGGGCAGCCACUGUGGAUACUUUUUCAUUUAUAACCAUGUUUAUAUCUUAUUUUCCUGGUAUUACAAAUGAUGAAAUUUUGCAUGGAAAUCCACUUUCCAAGAACUUUGUUAGUAAACUAAUAGAAUGGCUAGAAGUGAUUAUUGUGCCUUAUUACUUAAAUAGUAAUAAAUAGAGAGGUAAGCCUAUUUCUUUUGGUUGGAAUUAACAAUGCCUUCAAGUUUUAUAAGUGCACCAGCUUUGUAAAAAGAAAUUCCCAAAUCAUGUGGGGUCUACUGGAUGGAAAUCUAAAUAAAUAAUUUUCUUCAGUAUGUCUGGUUUAUUGCAAAACUUUUUCCCCCCAAAAUUUACAUACUGAAAUUCCAAACUAAAAUGGAACAAUUUCACAUACUUAAACUUGUUAUAUGAAUGUAUGCAGCUUUGUUACCAUCAAGUACAAGGUACCAUUUUAUUAUAACAGACAACCGUAAAAUCGGUUUGGUUCAAUAUGAAAACAGAAAUUGGCAUUCUGGCAUCAAAUGUUCUGGAUGAUGGGGUUUCAGAUAAGAAAUUCCAUAUCUGUUCCUUGCAGACCCUUUAUCAAUUUUUUAUUUUUACUGAAUAAAAAAUGUCACUAAA